GGCUCAAGCACAGGUGGUUUGAAUAUGACUAUUAAUUAUAUUAUGUUGUUACAUUAUUACAUAUAUGGUAUCCCAUUUUGAGAAUACAAUAAAAUAGAAUAGGUCAUCUUGAUCACCUUGUGGGCCGCGUUUUAUACAAUUCAACAGCUGACUAUUUCAUUUUUGUUGUACACUUAAUUCGUAUUAUUACAACCUCAAUUAUUAUAAAUACCAUAUCACACACAUAUCAAGCUACUUCACAAUCCAAUAUUCAAAAUCACAAAGUCUUUUUGCUCUGCAUCUACAAAAUAUACAAACCAAAGAAGAAUUAGAAGAAAAAGCUAAUAACCAAAACAAUAAUAAAAUAAUGUCAGCUUUACAAGCUUCAAGUUUGAUAUUAUCUUCUUCUUCUUCUUCAAGGGGAACCAUCAAUGGUGCAAUCCAUAUCCCCAAGCUUCCAAAUAAUAUUCGUUUCACAGUUCCAAAAAAAUCAUCUUUAAAUUUAACCAAACAGAUGGUUAUUGAAGAAUUGAAUAGCUUAAAGCAAGGAUUCAACACCCAAAACGACGACGUUUAUAAUAACAACAACGCUAAUACAUCCACGUCAUCAACCGUUACAGCUCAGCUCUACGCGAUUCUCGAGGCCGUUAACGACAGAGUGGAGAUGCACGAUAACAUUGGCCAGCAACGAGACAACUGGAACACCCUUUUGUUAAACUCCAUCAAUAUGAUCACUCUAACCGCCACAACCAUCGCCGGAGUUUCGACGGCGACGGCGGUUCCCGGAACAUCCCUUUUGGCUUUGAACGUUUCUUCGACACUUCUGUUCUCCGCCGCCGCCGGAAUGUUGCUGGUGAUGAACAAACUCCAGCCGUCUCAACUCGCCGAGGAACAACGCAACGCUUCAAGAUUGUUCAGACAAAUCAAAACCCAAAUAGAGACUGACAUUGCUCUUCGUUCUCCAACUAAGUACGAUCUCAAAAAGUACAUGGAUAAGGUCUUGUCUUUAGAUAAAGCUUACCCACUUCCUUUGCUUGGAGCUAUGCUUGAAAAGUUUCCUCAGAAAUACGAGGCGGCUAAUUGGUGGCCUUCUAAAAAAUCCCAAAAGGGUCAAAACGAAUCGUUUCAACAACAAAACAAUAAUGGUUGGAACGAAAGCCUUGAGAAAGAAAUGAGAGAGGUUGUUGAAGUUGUUAAGACAAAAGAUAGAGUAGAUUACGAGAGAUUGGGGAACUUGGUUUUGAAAAUAAACAAAGCAUUGGCAAUUUCAGGGCCUUUACUUACUGGCAUUGCUGCCGUUAGUUCUCCGUUUGUUGGACAUGGAUCUUGGGCUGGUGUUCUGGCAGUAACUGCCGGGGCAUUAGCUACGGCCGUUAAUGGAUUUCAGCACGGUGGACAAGUUGGGAUGGUGUUUGAAUUGUAUAGAAACUGUGGUGGUGCUUUUAAGCUUGUGGAAGAUGAGAUUGAGGCUACCCUUGCAGAACAAGAGUUUGAGAAAAGAGAAAAUGGGGAGUUGUUUAAAAUGAAAUUAGCUUUGAAAUUGGGAAGAAGCUUGUCGCAAUUGGAUGAGCUUGCUGCAAAAUCUGCUUCGUCCCGUGCUAAUGGAGUGGCCAUUGACGAAUUCGCUAGCAAGCUUAUCUGAGUAGUCCAUUUUUUAAUUAAUUAAAUUCUUUGAGAUUAAUCAUAAUUCUUUGUAAAAAUAUAACGUAGGUCGGUGCAAUAACGAAAUGAUAACGUUCGUUUAAGUUUGUACAUUUACUAUAUACAGAUACAGAUAUACUGAAUAGAAUAGAAUAUACACGAUUAUUAUUAAUUCAUU